GCGGCAGCGGGAGCCGGAGCAGAGUCUGCUGCGGACAAGCCUCUGCCUGCCUGGGCGGCCGCGGCUGCCGCCCCGCUUCUCCUGUUGCCCGCACGACUGGGAGGCAGGAGCAGCCUCGAGGGGUCGGUCCCGAUGCUGCGCCUUCCCGGUGCCGGCAGCAACUUUGCCGCUCCGGCCGCGCUCGCUGCUCCCUGCCGCCGUUCGAGCGUUCGGAGGGUGCAGUGACCGAUCCCAGCAAGAGUUUUGCAAAGCUCUGAUACACCUUGAGCUGCUCGCAACAACCUGUGUUCUCCGAGGUGCUGGAGAGAAGGAAUUAUGUGUUCGCGACCGCCCGGCGAGGGGAGGUGUCUUUCUCAAGGGACCUUUCCUCACCCAUAGAGCUGCCGGCUGCCCGCGACGACGGGAGGACGCAAAUGGGCAGAACGAGGCCGGUGUGGCUGCUGGCGAGGAGGCAGCGGUCCCGGGAAAGGGCGGAGCGCCGGGGGGGGGUCCUCCCGGCGCUGCACUUGCUACAUUAACUCGGCGCGUCGGAGACGGCGACACAACUUUCUAGGUCCGCCCCGGGUGGCGGCGAGAAGAGCCUCUUCGCCGCUCCGCUCGCCGCGCUCCCAGCUCCGGCCGCUGCCCGCGGCGGACCCCGGCGGCAGCGGGAGCCGCGCUCCGGCGGCAGCAGAGUCGCGGUUUCUCCCGCUCCGGCCCCGGCGAGGAGGGCUGUCCCUGGGAGCCGGGCGGGCAUGUCUUCCACUUCCAGCCCCGCUGAGCGGGGCGCACGCCGCCUCUGAAGGGGAGCGUGUGAGCCCCGCCGCCUCCCGGCCAUGCGGCCCCUCCGCGCUCCCCUCGCCUUGCUCUGCCAGGUGCUGAGCGCCUGGGCUGCCUGCACCCUCGCCCCGGCUCCCGUCGCGGCCGCCGGGCCGCCGGCGCCCCCGCAGCGCGCCCGCUCGCAGCCAGCCCCNNNGCCGCCCGGCCCCCGCCGCCCCGCGGGGAGCGCCGGGCGGCGGCGGGCGCGGAGCAGCGAUCCCGGAGCCGGCGCGGCGGCGGGGAGGGGCGGGGCGGGCGGGCCCCGCUGGCUGCCCCUGAACGGUUCGGCAGGAGGCGAGGGCAGCGCCGGGGGCCGCGGGAACGCCACGGGGCGCCGCGCCCGCCUCCGCAACCCCUUCUACCCGCUGACCGAGGAGUCCUACGGCGCCUACGCCGUCAUGUGCCUCUCCAUAGUGAUCUUCGGCAUCGGCAUCAUGGGCAACAUGGCAGUGAUGUGCAUCGUCUGCCACAACUACUACAUGCGGAGCAUCUCCAACUCUCUGCUGGCCAACCUGGCCUUCUGGGACUUCCUCAUCGUCUUCUUCUGCCUGCCGCUGGUCAUCUUCCAGGAGCUCACCAAGAAGUGGCUCCUAGAAGACUUCUCCUGCAAAAUCGUCCCAUACAUCGAGGUGGCCUCUCUUGGAGUCACCACAUUCACACUGUGUGCCCUCUGCAUUGACCGUUUUCGUGCUGCCACCAAUGUGCAGAUGUAUUAUGAGAUGAUCGAAAACUGCACCUCGACAACGGCCAAGCUGGCUGUCAUCUGGAUAGGUGCCCUGCUGCUGGCACUGCCAGAGGUGGUUCUGCGCCAGCUGGCCAAGGAGGACCCCGAGUACAGUGGCAGCCCCCCGGGUGAACGCUGCGUGGUGAAGAUAUCCACCGCACUGCCCGACACCAUCUACGUGUUAGCUCUCACCUACGAUGGGGCACGACUCUGGUGGUACUUCGGCUGCUAUUUUUGUUUGCCUACCCUGUUCACUAUUACCUGCUCCCUGGUGACAGCGAGGAAAAUCAGGAGGGCUGAAAAGGCUUGCACAAGGGGGAACAAGCGACAAAUUCAGCUGGAAAGUCAGAUGAACUGCACAGUGGUGGCUCUGACCAUUUUGUAUGGGUUUUGCAUCAUUCCCGAAAACAUUUGCAACAUUGUGACUGCCUACAUGUCCACAGGGGUCUCUCGACAAACUAUGGACCUCCUCCAUCUCAUUAGCCAGUUCCUUUUGUUCUUUAAGUCCUGUGUUACCCCAGUUCUCCUCUUCUGCCUCUGUAAACCUUUCAGCCGGGCCUUUAUGGAGUGUUGCUGUUGCUGCUGUGAUGAAUGCAUCCAGAAGUCUUCCACAGUGACAAGUGAUGACAAUGACAAUGAGUACACCACGGAACUGGAGCUCUCUCCUUUCAGUACCAUCCGUCGCGAAAUGUCCACUUUUGCCUCCGUGGGGACUCACUGUUAAUUUACUUUAGGACUUUUUAUUUCCUGUAUCUUUUUCCUUUUUCUUUUUUGUUUUUUACUUUAUAUUUUUCUUCUUGAAACAAAAUGCAGGAAAAAAAUUACUGUUGAACACUACUCUCAAAACCAAUCUGUGUAUUAACAGUCAUGCUUUGGAAAAUAAUUUGUUUGGUUAUUAAAAGGAAAGAGAGACAAGGAGAGUCAGCACUCAGUUUUAAGUCAUGAUAUUUUGUAUGGUGCUAAGAUUUCAUUGCUUGGGGAGGACGGUCCAUAUCGAUCCACUUUUAUUUAAUUCUAUAGUAUUUUUUUUGAUAAUCACUGCAAAAUGAUUUGUAGACAUUGUGGGCUUUGCAAGAUGGUUCACGUAAAAGUUGUAGUGGAAAGUAUUUGAAGGUAGUUUUAAUCCAAUUACUGUACACUAUUGUGAGAGGACUUGGACUUCAGAAAAUUUAUAAGUAGCAUAAAAAUAAAUGAGGCUUUAUUCUUUAACUUCCUUGUCAAUCUGCAUUUAACAAAGACAUCUAUGAGUACUAUUAAAUUCCUUUAAUAAGUAAAAAAAAUCUUUGCAUAAAAUAAUAUAAAUGACCAUAUUUAAUUAAUAUUUGGAUACUUACCCUUGGAGGAUAUAAUUACAGUGUUCAAGGAAGAUGGUUAUAAUGGUAUUAGAUUUAUAUGAGUGGGUUUUUUUAAUGUUAUAUUAUGAAGGUCCAGUAUGCCUCACUGAAAAUUUUUUUAACCUGCAGGUAUACAAAUCUGAGUUAUUUUAUACUACUUACAAAGAAACAUUCAUUUUAUCAUUGCAUUUUGUCUUGUGUGGUUUCAAAAUCAAGUUUUUUUCCAGUUUGCUAUUGGUUUUACAUUGGAAUUUUGUCCUCAGUCUCUGUAUAUAUAGCUCCUACUAGCUUCAGUGAGUCUCAUUGCAGAGGAAGGCAUUUUUUGCCAGAGGUUUGCUGACAAUAAAUGUAAGGGACUGAAACA